UCUGCUCCAAUAUGGCGGGUUAUUCAAUGGAUAAUUCUCGUGUAAAGGGCACAGUGAUUACAAAACAGAUAAUAUUUGGUAACAAGUCCUCGUAUUUUGGGAAAAAAAGGGAAUCAGAUGGGCAUACUCACUCAUGGACAUGUUACUUUAAAUCGUUUGAUAACGAGGACAUGUCUUCAUAUAUCAAGAAAGUACAAUUUAAAUUACACGAAAGCUAUGCAAACCCAACAAGAGUGUUGUCAAAACCACCAUAUGAAGUGAAUGAAACAGGCUGGGGAGAGUUUGAAAUUCAAAUUAAAGUCUAUUUUAUGGACCCUGUUGAACGACCAGUAACAUUGUAUCAUUUACUAAAACUUUUUCAAACAGAAGCUGCUUUAGCAUCAGGGAAAAAGAACUUAGUUUCAGAAUAUUACGAUGAAAUUAUCUUUCAAGAUCCAACACAGAUGAUGCACCAGUGUCUUCUAAGUGCUAGACAACUACCUUUUAGCAAGCAAGAUACAGACUGGGCUGAAAAAGAAAGAAAGACAUUGGACUCUAUUGCAAAUGCUCGUCAGAAAAUAAGUCAUGAAAUCAGUGAACUACAUGAACGUUUGAAAGCCAGUAAAGAUGCCAUUCAACAUUUUCAAAAAGAAAUCCAAAAAGUAGAAAAAGAGCAGGAUGAUUUAACACCAUCAACUUCCACAGCCAAUACAACUUGAAUUAAUUAAGUAACAUAGAAUUAGCACCUUGUGUUAGGCCAUUCAUAUUAAUUUGUGCAAAUGAAUUAGGAAUGAUUUCUAGUGUAAAAAUUUGCCAGGCAGGAAGAACAAUGUCUGGUAAUCCCAGACACUCUUGAAGUUAAGAGCAUAUUAUGUUAAAUGACUAUUUAAAGAAAAACACUUACCCAUUAUCUUUUUGACAUCCAUAUUGUACAUUGUAUCAAAUAUUCAAGUCAUCAUCUGGGUCUUCUUCAUCCAAGUCAUCUACCUCAUCUGCUUGAUAAAAAAU